AUGCCUAGGCUUUCACCAGACAACCAAGAAGACCUCCAGAAACAUUUCUCCAGACCAUCUAUGCGGAUAGAAUUUCUGCUCCCGCCCAGGGCUGAGGAAUAUAAUGCGAACGUUCAUCAAACCAUGGAAAAUGAAGGAGGCACCAUGGCCAGGCACAAUGUCAAGCUCCCAGGCUCGCCCGCUGCCCCGAAGCUGCUCGGCCUCCUCUCCGGUACGCUCUCCGGCCUCGCGCGCUUCUUUGCUCACCUUCUCCAGCGACCCCUUCCUGGGGCUCCCCUGCGGCGCCCGGACUUCUCCCUUCUGCUCCCCGUCCUGCCAGCUGCUGGGCUCGCGCCGCGGCCGGAGGAGCGGCCGGGCCGCCUCUCGCUCCUGCUCAGGGCAGCUCUGGCACUGCCCGGCCGACCCCCAGGGGGACGCCUGCCCCGGGAAGAGGACGCCGGCGCCGGGCAGAGCCCGCCCAGGCCCCCGAUGGGAUCAGAACGCGUGGAGAUGCGAAAGCGGCAGGUGUGCGCCGCCCAGGGGCCCGCAGCCUCCGCCCCAGGCCCGCGCGGAGUGGGGAACCGGGGGCCCAACGCUUGCUGCUUCUGCUGGUGCUGCUGUUGUAGCUGUUCUUGUCUCACUGUUAGAAACCAAGAGGAACAGAGACUCAGGAGUGCUUCCUAUGAACUCAGAACAGAGGACCUUCCCAUCUGUGAAGAAAGCCCGGGUCCCAGCCUGGAGGAGGCCAGCGCCUGGGCCCAGUCCUUCGACAAACUCAUGCUCACGCCUGCGGGAAGGAACGCAUUCCGGGAGUUUCUCCGAACGGAGUUCAGUGAGGAAAACAUGCUCUUCUGGAUGGCGUGUGAGGAACUGAAAAAAGAAGCUAAUAAAACCAUGAUUGAAGAGAAAGCAAGAAUAAUAUAUGAAGACUACGUUUCUAUUCUUUCUCCUAAAGAGGUCAGCCUGGACUCCCGCGUGAGGGAGACCAUCAACAGAAGCAUGGCCGAGCCGUCCCCGCACAUCUUUGAUGACGCCCAGCUGCAGAUCUACACCUUGAUGCACAGGGACUCGUACCCCCGGUUCAUGAACUCUGCUCUCUACAAAGACCUGCUUCACUCCCUAUCUGAGAAAGCAGUGGAGGCCUAG